GUGCAGAUCCGUUGGACUAAGACGGCGGGCGGCGCCUCAGACCGUCCGGGAGACUCGACGCUGCACAACGGGACUCUGAAGAUCAGCAACAUCAGCCGCCACCAGGGAGGGCGCUACUACUGCAAGGCUGAGAACGGACUGGGAUCCCCCGCCAUCCGCUCCAUACGGGUCGACGUCUACUACCUGGAUGAUCCGGUGAUAACGGUGCACCAGAGUGUCGGUGAAUCGAAGGAGCAGUUCUACUUUGAGCGGACGGUGUUUCUCCGCUGCGUGGCCAACUCCAACCCUCCGGUCCACUACAGCUGGCGGCGAGGCCGGGAGGCGCUGACGCAGGGCUCGGACGCCGGCGUGGAGAUCUACGAACCCUUCUUCACACAGGGUGAGACGAAGAUCUUGAAGCUGAAGAAUCUUCGUCCUCAGGAUUACGCCGGCUACACCUGCAUCUCCUCCGUCAGGAGUGUCUGCGGCAUCGCAGACAAGAGCGCCCACUUCAGUCUGAACAACAGGACAGCCCCCCCCUCCAUUAAGCUGCUGCUGGACGACCCCCUGGUGGUGAACCCGGGGGAGACCGUGUCUCUGGUGUGCGUGGCGUCCGCUGGCGACCCCCCGCCCUCCCUGCAGUGGGUGAGGCCGGGGGGGGAGGGGCUCCCGAAGAGGAGCGUCGUCAACGGCGGCACGCUGACCCUCCCCGUGGUCACCGUGGAAGACGGCGGCGCCUACAGCUGCGUGGCGUCCAACAACGUGGGGAAUGCCGCCAAGAAGAGCGCCAACAUCCUGGUCAGAGGUCUUCGUAAAGGUCGGUUCUGGAUCACGCCUGACCCGUACCACAACGACGACAACAUCCAGAUCGGCCGGGAGGUGAAGAUCAGCUGCCAGGUGGAGGCCACGCCCCCCGAGGAGCUGCAGUUCGGUUGGCUGAAGAACGGCCGGCCAAUCAGGAGCUCUGAGCGGAUGGUCAUCACCCACACGGACAGCGAGGUCACGCCGGGCACCACCAACCUCGACAUCAUCGACCUCAAGUUCACCGACUUCGGCACGUACACCUGCGUGGCAUCGCUGCGGAACGGAGGAACGCCAGAGAUCAGCAUCGACGUCAACAUCUCCUCCACUACCGUUCCUCCAGAGCUGAGCGUCCCCAGGGGGCGCUCUCACCUCAUCGCUCAGGAGGGUGACACCGUGGACCUGCAGUGUCUGGUGUCAGGGAAACCCAAACCCAUCAUCCUGUGGUCGCGGGCGGAGGAGAGCGGGGGAGCGGCGGCUCUGAUGCCCGACGGCUCGGAGCAGACGGAGAGCUACGACGGCGUCCUGAGGGUCAGCAACGUGACGAGGGAGAUGAGCGGGACGUACCGCUGCCAGACCAGCCAGUACAACGGCUUCAACGUGAAGCCCAGAGAGGCUCUGAUCCACCUGGUGGUGCAGUUCCCCCCCGUGGUGGAGCCGGCGUUCACCGAGAUCCGCCAGGCUCUGGGCCGGGCGUUCAGUCUCUCGUGCCGUCUGCUGCGAGCCCACCCGGCGCGCCUGCUGCGCUACGAGUGGAAGCUGGGCUCCCGCCUGCUCACCGUGGGGCAGUUCGCCGACGACCGCGACGACACCAGUUACCUGGUCAAAGCUCUGAACCGGGAGGGCUACGGCGAGUACACCUGUGACAUCACCAACGAGGCCGGGGCCGGCCGCUGCACCUUCCUGGUCACAGGGAAGGCCUACGCUCCCGAGUUUUACUACGACACGUACAGCGCUCUGUGGCAGAACAAACCUCGAGUCUACGGCUUCAAGCUGCAGUGGACGCAGAUGGAGCCCAACGCCGUGGACCGGAUCCUGGCCUACAGACUCGGGAUCAGACAGAUGAGUCAGUCUCGCUGGUGGGAGCAGGAGAUUGCCAUGGAGGGAAGCAUCCAGAAGGGUGAGCUGCUAACCUACAACCUGACUGAACUGGUCAAACCCGAGUCCUACCUGGUCCGCCUCACGCCCAUCACCCGCUACGGCGAGGGCGACACCACCGAACGCAUCAUCACCUACAGCGCUCCUGUUAACCCACAUCUCAGGGAGUUCCAGUGCGGCUUCGAGGACGAGGCCGUGUGUUUGUUCUCUCAGGACAAGACGGACGACUUUGAGUGGACGCGUCACAGCGCCGCCACGCGAGACACCAAAUACACCCCCAACACCGGGCCAAGCACCGACCGCACCGGCUCCAAACAGGGUUUCUACAUGUACAUCGAGACGUCGAGGCCGCGGCUGGAGGGAGACAAGGCCCGGCUACUGUCGCCCAUCUUCAACACCAACUCCAAGACCUCCUCGUCUUCCUCCGUCACCUACUGCUUCUCCUUCUACUACCACAUGUACGGGAAACACAUCGGAUCUCUGAACGUCUUUCUGCGUCAGAAAGGUCCGACGGUGACGGACACCUCGGUCUGGACUCUGGUCGGUAACCAAGGAGACCGCUGGCGGCAAGCCAAGGUCAACAUCCACCCGGCCGCAGCCUUCCAGAUUGUGAUGGAGGGAGUCCGAGGCGCCGGCAUCGAGGGAGAUAUCGCCAUCGAUGAUGUCACCAUCGAGGAGGGCGAAUGCAAAGACCCGCCCCCCAACAAUCUAAGAUCGCUCGCCCCGCCCUCGUCGCCCCAUAUAUGGCAGCUGAGCGUCACUCUGAGUCUGGCUCUGAUUGGCCGGCAGAGGUGACCCCCUCCCCUCUUCCUACAGUACGCCACAACCUUUGACCCUUCUGUCUCUCAUCUCUCCAUCCAAUCCCAUCAUCCCCCGCCAUUAAGCCCCGCCCCCAACUACCAAAGAUGAGGUCAGAGCUGCAGAGAGACUUCCUGCCAACACGGCUGCCGCAAAAAGGUCAAAAGAUCACCCGGAGAAGUGAUGACCACAGCCACACCGAAUCUGCACGCGUGGGGUUUAAACUAAUUUAAAAAGAGAUCAUGUAUGUUAACACAUCUCCACCACCACUCCAAUCAACAACAGUCCGCUAAACUCUGCCGGUUUUCAUUCUGGAUCACCGCCGAAAACUGUAAAAAAACUAAAAUCUGCAGAUUCCGUUUGGCUCUGGUGACUCUGGUCAGUUUAAUCUCUGUUUAGAGAGCGUGAGCAUAGCUUUAUCCAACUGCUUCCAGUCUUUAUGCUAAGCUAACAACAUCAUGACUCUAAACACUGAACAAAG